AUGAGUGUGCAUUCUCUUCUAGAUAAGGAGAGCGUCAAGGGUGGCAAGGAAAAUGAACCUGGUGCAAAGGAACAUGACAAGCCAAGGGACCAGCGGCUGGAUCAAUGGCGGCAGCAACCACCCCAGGAGCAGUCAUCUCUUCAACCUCCAUUACAGGCCACUGCUCUAAGCACACCACCUUCAGGGUACCCACCAUCCGUAUCAGGCAGUGCCAAUGGACUUCUUUCUCUCUUGGGCCCGAACGUCACCACGUUCCCCUACUCAGAGCAGGCAUAUGUGGAAACAAUCAAGCUUAGGGCUGAGCAGGAGAGAACAAAGCAGGAUUACUACAAGCUCGAGAUUGCCUCCAAGAACCUAUCGAUCUUACAGACAGCACUUAGGGCCCAGAUCCCAGCAGGGAUGAUCCCUGCUAUGUGUGUUGGAGGGGUGGAAGCUCUGGUCCAACAGCAGCAGCAACAGUUGAUACAGCAAGAGCAACAAACCCAGUUGGCACAACAGGCCCAGCCGCAAUUUCAAUAUCAACCACUGCAUCUGCAGCUGAGUCUGACGGAUAUACGACGUAAUCUUGGACAACCAGAUGCGCUCAGCGCCAGUCCAAUCCCUCCAGUGCAGUACCGUUUUGGAAGAGGAAGUUCGGUCGCCGAUACAAGCAGGAACAGACCAUUGUCACCUGCAAAGAUUGGUGCUCAAGCCGUAGCCAAUCUAGCCACACCUUCUACUCCUUACCGUAGCACGAAGCAAAGACAGAGCCACCAGAGACACUAUUCAAUGCCUGUAGAAUCUCUGGGCAGAUCUCCGGGGAAAUCGGUAGAUCUCAAUCGUAUCAACGAAGCAGCGGCUAUAGGACUGAAAUCGAGGUCACUGCUGACAUCUUUACAGCCCCCGGCAGGAGAAUCUGCGUUGUCGUCUCCUCAAGGUGCUACAUCACAAAUUUACGUUAAACCUGUCCCCGCACAGCCCCUUCAAAAGCAAACAAAACAGGGACAUCAACCAAGUCAAGAGUCAAUGACCUCAUUACAGCAUAUAAUCCAAUUUCACCAUUGGAAGCCUGAAUUUCCUGGACAACAGCAGCCUUCAAAUGCUUCUUCCCAACGUACGCCCACCCAGACCCAUAAGAGGCACAAAUCACACUCGGAUAAUAUGUCAGUAGAUUUGACUAGUGCACCACCACCCGCCAUCACCGUUCAAGAUCAAUCCGGUGAUGUUUCCAUGGAUACAUCUAUGUUUGAAAAGGAUGAGAAAGAAGUCAGAGGAUAUCCUGAUAUACUUUCAAAUGACAGAUGA